GGGGGGCAGGGGUGGGCGAGAGCUGCCACUCUGGAGAGAUCCUACUCGAACACAGGACCUCCUCAAGUCACAACUUUCACUCCGCUCUGACUCUCCACUAUGAUUCCCCUGGGCUCCUUACUGUUCCUGCUCACGUGUUUGGCCACCCCUCUGCUCGGUCAGGAGGAUGAGUGUGAUGACAACUCCUGUCACCCGCAGCUGGGCGACUUGAUGCUGGGCCGUGCCGCUCAGCUCUCGGCCACCUCCACCUGUGGACUCGCAGGGCCUCAGAACUACUGCAUCUUGGGAUACCUGGAGGAUGAGCAGAAAUGCUUCCUCUGCGACUCGAGGAAUCCUUAUAACCGCUAUCACAAUCCCAAUAGUCACCGCAUCGAGAAUGUGAUCACAGCCUUCGAAGGGUCAGAGCGCAAGAUGAAGUGGUACCAGUCUGAAAAUGGUGUUCACCGUGUUAGCAUUAAACUGGACCUGGAGACUGUGUUCCAGUUUAGUCAUCUUGUUCUAACUUUUAAGAGCUUCCGCCCUGCUGCCAUGCUGGUGGAGCGCUCCAAGGAUUUCGGACAGACCUGGAAGGUGUUCCGCUACUUUGCUGAGAACUGUCACCUCUCCUUCCCUGGAGUGUCCGAGGGGCCAGCAGAGAGUUUGGACGAUGUCAUCUGUGAUAGCCGCUACUCCGGCCCAGAGCCCUCCACUGAUGGAGAGGUUGUGCUCAAAGCCUUGGAUCCCAGGUUUGAAAUAGAUGAUCCAUAUGACCCUAAAAUACAAGAGCUCAUCACCAUCACUAACCUGCGGGUGAACUUCACACAACUCCUCACUCUGGGAGAUACGCUCCUGGCCCGUCGGCGCAGAAACCCCCAAGACAAGUACUACUACGCGCUGUACGAGAUGCUGGUGCGGGGAAGUUGCUUCUGCAAUGGCCAUGCCAGCCAGUGCAUGCCUGUGGAUAAUGCCCGAGGGGAUGUGUUCAACGAGCGAGGCAUGAUUCACGGUCGAUGUGUGUGUCAGCACCACACCGUUGGUAACAACUGUGAGAGAUGUGAAGACUUUUACAAUGAUGCCCCCUGGAGGCCAGCUGAUCCUGCUGAUCCUCACACCUGCAGAAAAUGUAAUUGCCACGGGCAUUCGGAGAGGUGUCACUUUGACACGGCGCGGUUUGUGGCCAGCGGGGAGGUGAGUGGCGGCGUGUGUGAAGACUGCCGCAACAACCGCGUGGGCGCCCAGUGCGAGCAGUGCCAGCCCUACUACUACCAGGACCCCAGCAGAGCCCCCGAGGACCCUCAGGCAUGCAUCCGAUGUGACUGUGACCCUACUGGCUCGCUGGACAACGGCCUCUGUGAUGCCUUAACGGGGCGAUGCGUGUGUAAGGAGAAUGUGGAGGGGGACAGGUGUGACCGCUGUAAAUUUGCCUUCUUCGGCUUACGCCAGGAUGACCCCAAAGGCUGCCAGUUUUGUGAAUGUAACUUACUGGGUAGCAUCACAACACCCCAUGCGUGUGACCAGACCACAGGGCAGUGUCUCUGCCAGCCGUUUGCCACAGGGCCGUACUGUGACCAGUGUGUGCAAGGCUAUUGGGGUCUAGGAAACACUGUAUACAGCUGUCUACCUUGUGACUGUGACAUAGGUGGAUCCACCAGCAGUUUGUGCUCCAGUAUCGAUGGUCAGUGUCCUUGCCGGCCCAACAUGGUGGGGCUCAGCUGCAGCAGUCCGGCUCCUGGCUACUACCUGGCCCCGCUGGACUACUACAUCUACGAGGCGGAGAAGGCCAUUCCCCUGGAGAACGGUGGCUCCUCACUGAUUAAUCCGCCCCCUCCCACCGGUGUCCCACUGCCCAAGUGUGAGAACUACUACCGUGAGCAAGGCUAUGACUUCAAGCUCACCGAUGGACAGUAUGUGCUCAUCAAACGAGAGAGACGGAGCAGUCGCCAACGAAGACAGGAUCAGCCCCAGGAUGUAGCUCCAGAGCCAGGUGCAGACGAGCAGGUGAUUCCUAGGGAGCGCCGGCCUGAGUUCCCCAUCACAUGGACGGGCCCUGGGUUCAGGAGAGCUCAACAGGGCGCAGUGCUCCGGUUCACCGUGAACAACGUGCCAGCCUCCCUCCAGUACCACCUGCUGCUCCACUAUGAGCCAGAGUCCUCAGACGACUGGGUGGCCAGUAUCAGAAUUGUGCCUUCAACACCGCUGGACUACGGAAGGUGUCAGAAUGACCCGGCGGUAGAUAUGGAGCUAACACUGCCAGCCUCCAAAAGGAUGGCUCUUUUGGACACCACAGUGUGUUUGGAGGCGGGUGUGCCAUACUCUGUGGAUGUCACUCUGAGAAGGCUGGCCAGUCCAGAUUCACAGUCCAGCCCAUACAUCCUGAUGGACUCGCUGGGCCUCGUCCCUCAGGUGGACUCGGCGCGGUCUCAGGACGGGAGCUGCUCCGAGGCCAGUGAGCAUGAGCAGUACCGCUGUGUGGAGCUGGACGCUGCCACGCCCGCUGACCAGUGCCAGGGCCUCAUCAGCAGCAUGUCUGCCCUCAUCCACAACGGCGCCAUCCCCUGCAGCUGUAAUGAGGAGGGGGCCUCCAGGGAGACCUGUGCUAAGUUUGGGGGCCAGUGUGAGUGUAAGCUCCACGUGAUCGGCCGCUGCUGUGACUCUUGUGCCCCGCUGAGCUUUGGCUUUGGACCAACUGGAUGCACACUCUGUGAAUGUGAGUCCAUGGGCUCGACAGCUGAGCUCUGCGACGCGACCACUGGCCAGUGUCCAUGUCGUGCGGAGGUGACCGGAAGGCAGUGUGACCAGUGUCUGCCUGGCCAUUAUGACUUCCCUCAGUGCUCGCCCUGUCGGUGCAAUGGCCUGGCUGACCUCUGUGACCCCGUCUCUGGAGCAUGUCUGGACUGCCGGGACUACUCCACUGGACACAACUGUGACAAGUGCAUUACUGGUUACUACGGAGACCCAGUCUUCAGAGAGCCCUGUGAGCCGUGCAGAUGUCCAGAUGUGCAGGGGACUGACCGCUUCUUCGCCCUGUCCUGCUCCAAGGACGACAACACGGACAGCCUCGCCUGUGACUGCCUCAGGGGCCACGCAGGAGCCCGAUGUGACAGCUGCGCGCCUGGCUUCUACGGAGACCUGGCGCUGCCCGACACCAAGUGCGAGGAGUGCCGCUGCAACAACAACACGGACCCGCAGGACGCCCGGUCAUGUGACGCGGUGAGCGGCGUGUGCCUGCGCUGCCUCCACAACACCCGCGGGACCUCCUGCGACAGCUGCAAACCCGGCUACUACGGCGACGCCCUGGUUCAGGACUGCAAAGAAUGCUCCUGUGACCGGCGUGGCACGGAGGUGGUCAUGUGCCCACUGGACAGCCCGUGUUUCUGUGACGAGGAGACGGGGCAGUGCCCGUGCCGCGUGGGCGUGACCGGCCCGCUGUGUAACGAGUGUGAGGAUAACUACUGGAACCUGGAUGGCGACGCAGGGUGCCAGCCUUGCAGAUGUGACCCUGAUCACUCGCUCAGCAAUCUCUGUGACAAGGUCACAGGCCAGUGCCCCUGUCUGCCUGAGUAUGGGGGUGAACAAUGUUUCGAGUGUGCCGAAAAUUACUUUGGAAACCCUGACGUUCAGUGCCUUUACUGUGACUGUAACAUGGAGGGCACCCUGCGGCCGGCCUGUGACGUGGACACGGGGGAGUGCCGCUGCCGCCCUGGCGUGAUGGGCAUCCUGUGUGAUGAGUGUGCCCCUGGGCAUGAGGCCAUCUUCCCUGAGUGCCCACCUUGCCACCCCUGCUCUCUGCUUUGGGCUGGAAACGUGACGGACGUCAAGAGAGCUGCAGAGAAGAUGCAGACCCUGGUCCCAAAGCCGGGCGACCAAAAGCAGACCAACUACAGCCAGCGCUGGCAGCGCGUCCUGGACAUGCAGGCCCAGCUGGACUCGGCUCUGAACAUGACGGGAAACACCCAGUCAGAACUGGACGCGGCCGCGGACCUCCUCUCCCGUAUCAUGAAGCUGAAAGACAGCAUAGAUCCCAGUGCCAUUCUCGUUGACCCAACAUUACUUCUGAACACAGAAAUAGAAAACAUCAAGCUGGAGUUCAAGAAACUUAUAGACAAGUUAAUUGAUAAAACAAAGGAAGUCCCAAUAACAGAUCCUAAGGCUCUGAAUGACACACUGGAGGAGGUCAGACAGCACUAUAAGGACUUCAUUAAAGACGAGGAGCGGGUCAAGGACGCGGAGGCCAAGGUGGAGUCGUCCAGGGACAUCAGGCAGAAGGCCAAGCUAGAGCUGGCCAAGUGUCACUCUGGAGACUGGGACACUCUGGAGAAGAAAGUCAAAGCUCUGAGUGUGGCCAAGUUCAAUGAGGAGGUGUGUGGGGCUCCAGGUGAUGCCGAGUGCUCUGAGGCCGAGUGUGGCGGUGCUCUGUGUAAGACGGACUCUCAGGAGCGCAAGUGCGGAGGGCCCGGCUGCAAGGGCAGCCUUCCUCUGAGCCACAACGCCUCCGAGACCGCAGAGAAGACCGAGAACGACAUCAUCGAUCUCAACCACAAACUCAGAGAAUCAGCAAUCAAGAUUAAUGAGGCCAAAGACAUGAAUGAAGGCAUUAAAGACGAGACAGACAAGAUGAAGAAGAGGAUCAAUGAGAACAAGGAGAAGUUUGAGAAGGAGAAGAACGGCACCAAGGAGCUCAUUAAGAGGGUCAAGGACUACCUGACAGAUGAGAUGGUGAGCCCAGAGGACAUUGAGAAGAUGGCCAAAGCAGUCUUAGCUAUUAAGCUCCCCAAGAGUGCCGAUGAGAUCCAGACCAUGAUCAAAAACAUCCGUGACCUGCUGUCCAACUUCACAAACUCUCAGGAAGACCUAGAGCUCCUGAAGGAGAAAGCCAAGAUAGCAGAGAAACUACUUGAAGAAGCCAACGAUGUCAAAAACCGAACAAAGGCGAUUGAUGUGAGUGACAUUCAGAAGACGUUACAAGAGGCUGAAUUCUUACAGGAUGCGGUCUCGGAUGAUCUGACCGAUGCCAAGGCCUCCACAGACGAGGCUGCUGACAAAGUGAAAGAGACGGAAGAUAAACUGGAUGCCGUAGAGGCACGGUUGAAUCCAAAUAUUACAAAGUUGCUGGAUGACAUCGAAGCUUUAAAGAAUAAAACCGAAAUGAACAGAGCGCAGGCAGAGGAGGCGAAAACUGCAGCUGACGAUGCCCUGAAAAAUGCCACCGAUGUGGACAUGGAUAUUAAAGAGGUCAUUGACCUGUUUAAUGAGCUAAAGGACAAAAAAUCUAAUCAGACUGCUAAUGAUGAGAUAAAAGAUCGUCUGAAAAAUAUCACAGAGGAAGUGAAAAUUAUGGCCAAAGAUGUGGCUGACAAGAUGAAGAGAAUUGAAGACUUGGAAAAAAGACUGGAAGCAAUCGCCAAAGCUAAAGAAGAUAAAGAGAACGAUGUUGCUAAGCUGUUGGAGGAGGCAGCAGCCCUCAAAAAAGAGAUCGCCCAAAGAGCUGAGAAGUACGCAGGGUGCACCUCCUAAAGACAAUAGCACAUCUUUUCAUGCACACAUGUCCCAAGCUUUUCCACAGACUCUUCUGCGCUCGUAAUGGACUUAUGUCAGUGUUGGUUCAUCACCUUGUCCCUUAAGUGUCCACUGCGCACACUGCUCACCCUAUUCAUUAGGCAUCUACUGUGUCCACUGCUCACUCUGGACUCUGCUAAGACCUUUAUGAAUGGCACAGUGGUGUUGUUCAAACAUUGAUAUGACAUUAAGCUACUAAAUAUAUUGUCAAAGGCAGCAUACUGUAUCUCAUUGAUAAGCUCAUUGACUGAUUGCGUUAUUUUUGUAAUGAGGCUUCUUUGAGAUUUGUUUAGCUAACAGAUAUGAGGAACUGAGUCCAUUCAUUAAAUAAUUGUUUUAUUGAACACUUUCUUUUGCUAUCCAGUCCUCUGUAGUUGUAUAACGGCAAAUGUGUACUAGCAGGUAAUGCCUUGUGUGUUGAGCCUUCACUGUAGGUAGUGCCCAUAACUGCCACAGGAGGGCGUAUGCGUGCAAACAAAGUUUCCCUGAGCAGAUGGACCUUUUAUUGAUCAGUAAUGGAUCCUUAUACCACCAUGUAGAAGUUGAUCCAUUUACACACUACUACUGUUCCUUUGUGGUCAUUACAUUUUUAAAUCUAAACA